AAAGAGGCGGGCUGUAUGAACUGUCCAAUCAGGUGGCUCCAUAUGGAGGGAACUUCUGGUGUCAUGGCGCCAAACUGAGCGUCCUGAGCACAUUGCUGAGACCCACUCUGCUUGCUGGGCCACCUUGUGUGACUUACUGGCUGCACGCUGCAUGGAACUCUGGGAGACCCUGAAUCCACACAAUGGAGGCAGUGACCUUUGAGGAUGUGGCUGUCAACUUCACCAUGGAGGAGUGGGCUUUGCUGAAUCCAUCCCAAAAGAAGCUCUACAGAGAUGUGAUGGAGGAAACAUUUAAGAACAUGACUGCUAUAGGAAGAGCCUGGGGUAACCAGAAAGUUGAAGAAGAGUACAAAAAUUACUGGAGAGAUCUAAGAAAUGAAGAGGUAGAGAAAUGCUGUCAAAGUAAAAGGAAUCAAUAUGAAGAAAUAUUCCUCUGGACUCCAAGUCCUAAGGUGGACAUGAAACAAGCUGGUUUAAAACCAGCUAAGGACCUUGCUUACAGAAAGCCCCUAAUUGGGCAUUUGUCACUAACUGUGCCCAUCAUAUUUCACACUAGACUGAAGACAUCUGAGUACUUGGGAUCAGAAAAGAAGCUGUACAAAUGUAAUGAACACGGAAAAACCUGUGAUGAUUUCCAGUCCUUUCAGGGGGAUGCAAGGACAAAGACUAGAGAAAACCCCUUUAAAUAUGAUCAAUGUGAGAAAUCCUACUCUGAUCUGAAUGAAAGAACUCACCUUAAAGAGACCUCUGCAUAUAAGAAAAAUGUGAAAGCCUACAGCACACUUAAUGAUGUUCAGAUCCAUGAAAGAAGUCACAGUGGGAAGAAACCCUAUAGAAAUUCAUACAAUGCCAUUUGUCAACAUUCUUAAGGACCACUGCCUGAUGUUUGAUAUAUGUGACAAAUACCUUCAAACACAGACUGUCCCAAGGUAUGUGCAUGAGUCCCGGUUGGU